GAAGUACCUGCUCCCCCUCAUCAUGGGCGGCCGGGAGGACAGGAAGCAACUGGAGAGGAUGGAGGCGAGUCUCUCAGAGCUGAGUGGCAGCGUGGCUCAGACAGUGACUCAGUUACAGAUGACUUUAGCCUCUGUCCAGGAGCUGCUGAUUCAGCAGCAACAGAAAGUCCAGGAACUCGCCCACGAACUGGCCACAGCCCAGGCCACCACUUCCACCAACUGGAUCCUGGAGUCCCAGAACAUCAACGAACUCAAGUCGGAAAUUAACUCCUUGAAAGGGCUUCUUUUAAAUCGGAGGCAGUUCCCCCCUUCCCCGUCGGCCCCGAAGAUCCCCUCCUGGCAGAUCCCGGUCAAGUCCCCGUCACCCUCCAGCCCCGCGGCCGUGAACCACCACAGCAGCAGUGACAUCUCGCCCGUCAGCAAUGAGUCCGCGUCGUCCUCGCCCGUGAAGGAGGGCCACAGCCCCGAGGGCUCCACGGCCACGUACCACCUGCUGGGCCCCCAGGAGGAGGGCGAGGGGGUGGUGGACGUUAAGGGCCAGGUGAGGAUGGAGGUGCAGGGCGAGGAGGAGAAGAGGGAGGACGAGGAGGACGAGGAGGACGAGGAGGACGAGGACGUGAGCCGCGUGGGCGAGGAGGACCGCCGGGGCGGGGACGGGCAGAUCAACGAGCAGGUGGAGAAGCUGCGGCGGCCCGAGGGCGCCAGCAACGAGCGGGAGCGGGACUAGGUGGCCGGGGUCGUGGCCAGGUGCAGGACGUGGCCUUGAGCCGGCCGGGGGCCGGGCUGCCGCAGUCUCGCGGCCUGGGCGGCGUCAGGGCCAAAGCCUGUCCACCCCACCCGCCGCAGACAGACAGGCCUCUGAUCUUGUUCUCGUGUCAGGCCGAGGGCUCCCAACUCUCUGGGCUCAAGCCCCCCCAGCCCCUCCCAGGCAGACGUCCCGUCCAGGGGUGUCUGCCGGGCGUCUUAGCCAACCUCACGCCGCGCGUGACAAGAGGUAGCUUUAUUACCUGACUCCUGACCCUCUGGAGGAGGAGCCGCGGGGCCUGGCGUCUGCCGUCCCUUCCCUCCGCCCCGGCUCCCUCACUGCUUCUCACCAGUGACCAAGGGGGCCGCGCUCUCGUGAUCCCAAAAGCAACGGCCCUGCGCUCCCCUCUGGGCGAGGGCCCCCCGGGCCCCCCAGCCAGUCCCUGCCCGGACGAUGCCACCCUUGCGUGCCCGUCGCAGCCGCAGCCCGGUUGUCCGCCACCCACGGCAUCACGCUGCUCCCGACCGUUCGCUUGCCGCAUCGUGGCUCAGCUACUGCCGUGGCGAGAUGCGGUCCCACGUCCACUAGGAGCCAGGCACAGGGCCUUCCUGUCUGUCCCCCGCCCCGCCCUGCCCCCCAAACACGUGUUCUUUUGUGUGAUCAGGUAUAGGUUUCAGAAUAUAAGAUACGACUGUAUAUAAUUGUAAUAAAUAUGAGUUGCCACUAUUUAAUUCCUGCCUG